UCUUCAUGAAACAGGGAAAAGACUAGGCAUAAGUGUGAGCAGUAACAACAAUUUCGUACACUCAUCGUCUCAAACUCCUGCACAUAAAGCUCCGCCCACACCCUAUUUAUCCUCAGACCAUACAUCAAAUGUGGGGAAUAUAUCAGAAGAGUUUCAAUUUGAUAUUUCAAACCACACAAUAUCUGAGGUAUUUCUGCCAAUCAGUCCUAAAUGCUCAAAUACAAGUGCUGAAAACUCAUUGGAUAGUGGAAGUGAUGAUGAUGAUAUUGAAAAUUUCAUUAAAGAAUGUGAAGCUAAGAUUCAUUGUGAACUUUCGGAUGAGGAGGAGAUCAAUGUUGUAUCUGAAAGUUGUGAAAAUGAAAAUGAAGAAAAGAGUUGGGAGAUGCAAUGUUCUGAUGAUGAUGACGAUGUAGAUGCUCGUCAUUUCCUGCGCUUAUAUUUUGAAAAGGAAUCUGAGAAGGCUGACCACAAGUGGAAGUUAAGAUCGGUUACUGUUAAUGAAAUAAUCUUUGAAGUCAUGCUUGGGCAAAUAUAUAUUCAUGUACCUCGUGAAUCCUCUGGUUGUGUGGCUGGCAAUGGAUCAAAUAUCACCUUCACAUAUGAUACUUCUGAUACCUUUAUGGAUCCUAGCAUUUCCGAACUUGGGUAUAAAUUGUUCACGUCUCAUGUGACUGACACCUUCAUUCAAUUGCCUUUGAGUCCAAAAGAUGUUGUUGAGAAAUUGCAAAGUUAUUUAAAGAUUGCCCCCAUUGGACGACUAUUCAUGCGGGAUAUUGAUCACGUUUCAACUGCUCAUGAUUUCAGUUCUUCAAUGUCUGAUGAUAUUCUCAGGUUUUCAGUAGAUGAUGUGCUGAAUAGAAAUCAUAACAUGAAAUUCCGCAUGAUAUUUCCAGUGAAUAUGAAAACUUAUCCAAAUGAAAAAAUAAUUCCUGAUGUUGAGUUUAUUUUUAAUUUCUGUUCUGUCAAAAAAGAAGACAUUUUGUGCUGCGUGGAAAGCAUUGAACCAGGAGAGGAUUAUCUUUAUAGAAUGGUUCAAGAAGCUCGAUAUUUUAAAAAAUAACAUUCUAAAUAUUUAUCACUUUGUACAUUUUGUAAAUUUGUUUUUGUAUAUUUAUAUGGAAUUUUCAUUACAAAAUUGGAA